AUGCGAAACGGAACCCAAAAUGCCAAUCACGAAUUCGAGAAGUUCCAGAUCCUCCAAGACCUGAACAAUCGGUACCGUCUUCCUGGCGAGUCUUCUCGCCGAUCUCAAAUUAGUCAGGUUCGACAAAUUCACGUGCAGCCAAGUGCCCCACUUGCCCCAUCGUAUCCAGGAAAGCUAAAGCGGGAAAGGGGAAUUCGGAUCCAUAUUGAGGGAGAAGAUCGCCAGACAGAAGUCUGGAACGAGCUGGCCGCAGAUGGUGAUCCCCCGCUUGUGACCUUGAUUCUCACAAACUUACGCAGAAUAACAGGAAGCCGUGAGACGGUUUCUCUCUCUGGAACCGCUCAAACUCCAGCCUCACAGACAACCGUUGGAGAUUUGACGCCAUCAAUUGCCGCCUCAACGCAGACACCAUUCUUGGGAAACACGUGUCUAAACAAAGAAGACUGUUGCGGGAAUGUAAAUUGCCAGACACUGCAGCCAGGCUAUUGUGGGAACUUGACCGAAAUAUGGUGUUGUGGGUUUAAUUUGAUCACGUGUUUCUGCAACGGGGCGAGUCCGUUCUGCCCCCUCUCGCGCCCAACUUGUCCAGUAUAG